GGUGCGAUCGCGCGACCCUGCCCGUGAGCAAUCUCCCAACUCAUCUCUGUAUCAAAUUUGUAUCUGUUUGUUUCCGAAUGAUCUGUAGAUGACUAAAUCAUUUUGAGCAGUUGGAUCUAUCUAAUUUACUUGAACAAUUGAAUACAAUGACGGACGAAAACUUGGCAAGAUGUAAAAUUCGAAAAGUUAGGAGACAAAGUGUGAUUGCCGCACUUGAUCUUCUUCGCUCAAAAUUGAGCUCUAAAAAAAGAAUGCAAGAAGGCGAUGAUGAAUACGAUCACAAAAUUAAGAUACAUUGCACUUCGAGUAUUAGUACUACUGGAAAAAAGAAAGGCUCACCUGCUUUUGGAUAUUCUAAAAGUUUAGUUUUACCUGAAAUGAGAAAAUGCUUAUCGAGGCAGGACUGGGAAAUGCUUCAAGAAUUCUUUCCUUUUCUAGUGGAUAACAGGAAAGAUAUGGAACCAAUCAUUUGGAGAUAUGCAUUCACAAUGUUGCUAUACAAUCCUAGCAGUAGUCACGAUAACGUUAGAGAAUUUCUUGAAAUGUGCGUUGGUUGUAACCAAAUUGAAAGCGAUGCGAUGUUAAAAAGAUUGCUAACAUUGAGAGAAGAAACGUGAAAAUAUACUUUAACACUUUGCCAUGUCACCUAAAUAUGGAUGAUAUGGGUAAACCAUGUAUUUAUUUAAUCAAUUAAGGAUUAUUUCCUACUUAAAUUAAAGAAUGUAGUUUUUUUAAGUUAGUUUAAUCUCAGAAUCAAACAAUAUUACAAAAUUACCGUUAAAAUCUUUAUUUUUGUACUGAAGCGUUUUCUACCUAAAAUAAGUUAAAUCAAUGUUAAAUAUGCCAUAAUGUUUGUAAGAUAUGAAUACAUCCAUCUGAAUUUGAAAAA